AUAAACACUCUGGUAGAAAAGCAAUCGCGGAUAGCUACGGCUGCAGAGCUUUCAGAUCGAUAUGGUGUAUGAUGGUGGCCCCACUCCGAAAUCGCGCUUAAAGCCGGCCACUGUCAUCAAAGCACUUCUGUUUCGCGCGGUCCGCAGUAUCACGGUGUGUUAGCAGGAAAUCCGAAUCGCAGCUGCAGGAUUUAAUUUGCUGUCCGGCCCGAAUACGCGCGGUAUCAUUGUUAUCUUUCAAUUUGAACACUUGUGCAGUGCUUAAAUUCUCGCGCGGUACAUUGUUUAAUAGCAAGCGAUGGAGGCUAAUCAGUUUAAGGACUUUGGCAAGGAGAUGAUUGACUACGUAGCCAGUUAUCUUGAGAAUGUAAGAGAAAGACGAGUUCUUCCAACAGUGGAACCUGGAUACUUGCGGCCUUUGAUUCCAGAAAAAGCUCCAGAUAAACCGGAUAAAUGGCAGAAUGUUUUGGCAGAUGUGGAGAAAGUCAUCAUGCCAGGUGUAACACACUGGCAUUCACCUAGAUUUCACGCGUAUUUCCCAACGGCCAAUUCGUAUCCAGCCAUAGUCGCAGAUAUUCUGAGUGGUGCAAUCGCGUGCAUCGGUUUCACUUGGAUCGCAAGUCCAGCAUGUACAGAAUUGGAAGUGGUGAUGAUGGACUGGCUUGGCCAGAUGUUGGGCCUUCCGGACGAGUUCUUGGCAAAAUCUGGAGGCCGAGGAGGCGGUGUGAUACAAGGCACAGCUAGUGAAGCCACGUUGGUAGCACUGCUUGGAGCCAAGGCGAAAGCUUUGGCCAGGGUUAAGAAGGAGAAGCCCCAUAUGUCGGAUGCUGAGAUUGUUGGAAACUUGGUUGCAUAUGCUUCAGCACAAAGUCAUUCAUCUGUGGAACGAGCAGGACUAUUGGGUGGAGUAAGAAUGAGAGCACUAGAAUCUGACGAGAACAACAAACUUCGUGGUGAAACCUUAGAGAAAGCAAUUAAAGAAGAUUUGGAGGCUGGAUUGAUUCCUUUUUUUGCUGUGAAUACCUUAGGGACAACUUCAUCAUGUGCAUUCGAUCGACUUGAUGAACUGGGACCAGUUUGUAACGAGUACAAUUUGUGGCUUCAUAUUGAUGCUGCUUAUGCUGGAUCUGCCUUUGUUUGUCCCGAAUACAGAUAUCUGAUGGCAGGCAUCGAGAAAGCAGAUUCGUUCAACUUCAACCCCCACAAAUGGUUGCUGGUGAACUUUGACUGUUCAGCAAUGUGGCUGAAGGACCCGUCAUGGCUGGUCAAUGCGUUCAAUGUGGAUCCGCUCUAUUUGAAACACGAGCAACAAGGCUCUGCCCCUGACUACCGACACUGGCAAAUUCCCCUCGGCAGGAGAUUCAGAGCUCUGAAGUUGUGGUUCGUCCUGAGAUUGUACGGGGUUGAGAACCUCCAGGCUCAUAUCAGGAAGCAGAUUGGGCUUGCUCACUAUUACGAGUCCUUAGUCAGGACCGACGACAGAUUCGAGAUCACCGAAGAAGUCCUGAUGGGCUUGGUAUGCUUCAGACUAAAAGGAACCAACGAACUAAACGAGGCUUACAUCAAAAGAAUCAAUGGAAGAGGACUAAUACACUUAGUACCGUCCAAGAUUAGAGACACCUUCUUCCUUAGAUUGGCUAUUUGCUCCAGAUUCACUGAGAAAGCUGAUAUUGAUGUAUCUUGGAAGGAGAUCAAGGAUACUGCUGACGAAAUAUUGAACAACAAUCACUGCAACAACCAUAAUCAUGUUAACCACAAAUAAGGGAGGUUACCUAUUAUGAGCUAAGGAUAUUGUAUUAUAAUGGAUUAUUUAUUCAAGUUUAGCUAAAAAGAUCACUGCGUGUUGUUAUAGAUAUGACAAUAAAAUACAGUAAGUUAUGAGAUCAUAAGGAUUCUAUAGAAUUAUUAAAUAUACAGGGUGUAAACGUUAUGAUAGUCAUUAUUUAAAUGGGUGAUAGAGGGGGUUAAAAGAAGCAAAAAGUUUCAUAUAACAUGGGGGUCAAAACGGCGUUUUUUUUAGAGAAAAACGACUUUAAAGUAAUAUAAAAUCUGACGCCGUAAUGCCAGACGCAAAUUACGACGGAACGCAGUAUAAAUAAAGAUGGAGUUUGUUAUUUUUGGCUCUUAGCUAUUAUUUCAUUAUUUGAUAAUGUACUCGUAAAAUGCAAACAAUUAAAAAAACGGACUUACCACUAACUGUCUCAGCGCUUCACAUGGUGUGUGAAAGUUUAUUGAACGUAUUAAACAAUCCACUUAUAAAUAGGGAACACAAUUAUGAUACCUACACUGCACUUUUUUGUAUUUAAAGAAGGUGUUCAAAAUGUCGUCCUCCACUUUCCACACAAGCUUCAUUACGAUGAACCCAGUUUGUUCUUACUCUGGGUCUUCGAAGUUGUCCAUUUAUUAUUUAAGCCGCAUUAAAUUUUUUUUCGCGUUGUGCUUCAGUUGUUAUUGGACCAGCCCCAUAAACCAUCUCUUUAAGUUCUCCCCAAUACCAGAAAUCCAUCGGAUUAGGAUCAGGAGAUCUUGCUGGCCUUUUUUUUGGAGCUGGAGCAUUUCGACUGAUCUAGCGAUUUGGAUAAUAUUCAUUCAAAUACUGAAUGACGCCUCUAAAAGUGUGUGGUGGUGCCCCGUCAUGAAGAAACCACAAAUUCUAUCUCCGUUGUAAUGGCAUGUUGUCUAAGGUCUGUUCCAGGAGUUCUGGUAGAUUAUUGGCUAGAAAGCUAAGGUAUCCUUCUCCUGACAACUUUGGGGGUAACUCGAAAGGGCCAAUCACCUGAUCGUCAGAAUACCCACCCAAAUAUUUAUUUUAAAACGUUGUUGGAAAUGACCUUCACGAAUGAUAUGAGGAUUUUCUUGGGCCCACGUGUGGGUAUUAUGGAAAUUUAAUAUCCCGUCUUGCGUAAAAGUACAUUCGUCCGUCGGUAGAAUGUUUAAAAAAAACGGAUUUUCAAUGUUUUUGUGCAGAAACCACUGACAGAAUGUUAGUCUGCGAGGAUAGUCUUCUGGUAACAAGGCCUGCACUCGUUGUACAUGGCAGGGAUAAAGCAAAUUUUCCCGCAGGAUUCUAUGGAUAUGCGAUAGUCCUACGCGGCGGCCUAAUUCCCGAGUGCUGAUAUCUGCAUUGAUUUCCACGAUAUUUAAAAUUUAUUCCUCCUGCUCUACAGUAACCUGUCUUUCAGGAGUACGAAUAUUAGUGAGCUGAACACUUCCUGUAUCUUGAAGUCUUUGGUACACUUGAACAAAUGUCCUUCUGUCUGGGUGUACCCGUUGGCGAAAUCUGUCGCGAUACAUUUGAGCUGCAAGAUUUGAAUUCUGACGAGCUUCACCGUAGACUAACAACAUGUCGGCGAGUGCUUGAUUCGAGAACAUUUUAAAUAAACACGACGACGUACGCGAACAAUAACUAACCACUGUUACCGUUUGCGAUCGAUUGCCGGUUCGAUAAGAGUGAUGCAUGACCGACGCGCUGUUGUCAUGUUUUAAAUAUUUAAUUUAAUUAAACUUACUUACUGACUACAAAUUUUGGCUUAGCUUAGAAAAACUUAAUGCCAUUUAUUUGUUAAUUACCCAAUUUAAAAAUGUUUUAGAUUAGAUUAUAAAAAUUAGUAAGAUUGUGGUGAUUGUGGUCGAUAUAAGUUGUAAACUAUAAAGCCAUUUAGACAAAAAUCUUUCGACUUUCGGACCAUGGAUCAUAUGAACUUUUUGACUUGUUUUGACCCCUCCUAUUACCCAUUUCAAUAAUGACUACCAUAACGUUUAUGUAUAGCUUGUAAAUUAGAGGUAAUCAACGAAAGUUAUCCAAUACCUUUUAAUCAUAAAAGGUAUUGUCUGAGUUACCUCUUACAGCUAAAGUUAAGUACUACUUGCUUCCCAUCAAACAAUACAAAAUUUCUCUACGCUCUAUGCUUUUAAAAUUAAAUAAAUUUUCAUGGUAUUAUAAAGCAAUCUUUAGAAGGAUGAUUUAGUGUCAUAUGAUGUAUGUUUUGACUUUGUUAUUAUUUAAUCUCAGGUGUUUAAAAGUUACUUCAAACAAACGAUUGAUAUGUGCUAUGGAAAAUACUUAAAAUGUAAAUAUAUAGAAUAUUAUUGAGGAAUGGACCAAUAUUGAUAACGCAAUACAAUGAAAUGUACUCCAUAAAAGAUAAAUAUAUU